CAAGAUCGAGAACAGACGAAAAAAUAAUUUUCUAACGAUUUUUUUGUGUAUCUCACGUGCGUCUGCAAAAUAAAAGAUGGAAACAACUAAAACAGUUUCCACGUUUCAUUCGUUGAAAAUCGAUGAAUGGCUCAUCAAUCAGUGUAAACUUUUAGGGAUUGAGAAACCAACUCCAGUCCAGUCAAAUUGCAUACCUCCUAUACUGGAAGGCCGUGAUUGCAUAGGGUGCGAUCGAACUGGAAGUGGAAAAACAUUCGCCUUUGCGUUACCUAUAGUUCAAACUCUGAGCAAAGAUCCUUAUGGGAUAUUUGCUCUGGUCUUGACUCCAACACGGGAAUUGGCAUAUCAGAUAGCAGAUCAAUUCCAAAUUGUUGGAAAGUCAAUUAACCUUCGUAUGUCAGUUGUCGUUGGUGGAAUGGGAAUGAUGGAACAAGGCAUAGAACUAUCAAACCAUCCACACAUAGUUAUUGCAACACCUGGCCGACUUGCAGAUCAUUUAGAAAGCUGCAAAACAUUUUCAUUUAAAUCCAUUAAGUUCUUGGUUAUGGAUGAAGCUGACAGACUACUAGAAGGCAACUUUGAUGAACAGUUACAGACAAUAUUUCAGGCUUUACCAGAAAAAAGGCAGACGUUGCUUUUUAGUGCUACAAUUACGGACACCUUGACCAAGCUUCGUGAAUGUGCAUUGAAUAACCCAUUUAUGUGGUCGGCCCCCGUAGACACUGCUACCGUAGAAGAGCUUGAUCAAAGGUACAUACUUGUGCCAGCAGAUUUUAAGGAUGGAUACCUGGUCCACGUAGUCCAAAAUUUCCGAGAAGAGAAACCAAAAGGCUCCAUUAUUAUUUUCACCGACACGUGCAGGAGUUGUCAAAUCCUAAGUAUGACGCUGUUAGAACUAGGCUUUCAAAGCUUGUGCCUACACUCUAUGAUGAGCCAACGCGAACGGAUAGCUACGUUGACAAAAUUCCGUUCAAACACCGUCAAAAUUCUUGUGGCUACCGAUGUGGCUAGCCGAGGACUCGAUAUUCCUACAGUUCAGCUGAUCAUUAAUCACAAUGUUCCUUCAAGCCCCAAAGAAUACGUUCAUCGUGUGGGUCGUACAGCCCGUGCUGGCAGAGGCGGCCUUGCAUUGACGCUAAUCACCCCCAAUGAUAUUAAACUUCUUCAUGCCAUUGAAGGACGUAUUUCGAAGCAGCUGCUAGAAUACAAAAUCAAAGAAAAAGAAGUUAUCAAAAUUCUGACGCAAGUUGCUGUGACGAAAAGAGAACAAGAAAUUAAUUUAGAUGAGCAAGACUUUGGCGAAAAGAAGAGAAUAAAUAAAAGGAAAAAAUUGAUAGAACAAGGGCUUGAUCCGGAAGAAGCCGACCGUGAGAUCGAAGCUGAUAUUGAGUGGAAAAGACGGAAAGGAGACAAAAAGUCAAAAUCCCGAAAAGGCAAAGGUUCCCGGAAAAAAGGCUCACAGGCAGCCUCGUCAGCCACAAAUCUUACAUCUGACUCCGACUAAUGCUUGCAUACGCAAUAUGAACCAUUCUCCAAAUCGCUUAACGACAAAUACAAUUCCCAAAUGGUUUUUCCUUC